CAUCCGCAUAUCUGCAUUAGUUGUUGUUUUCAAUUAAUUUAAACUUUUUAACUGUCCACGUUGUUACACACACAGCCACACAAAACGCGCCUGUCUGUCUACUUAUUAAUUACACACAAGGCACGGUUUUUUUUUGGUUUGUUUUUUUUGUCACACCACCAUUUUGUCGCAGUCUUGUCUGUUUUUGAUUUUAUUAGUUUGUCUCCUGAUCCAUUGAGGACCUGUAUUCCUAUAUUGCUGCAGCCAGGUGCCGGCUGUUGAACUAAUUACAAGUUUUUAGUCGGUUCAAGUUCUCAGUGACUUGUUAAACGAUUCGGACACUAAGUUUGAAAGCUUGUUGCUGCUUAUUUGUCGGCCGUUGUGCUUCUGUGUUUUUUUUUUAUUUCGGACGGCCCGAGUGUAAGGAAAGAAAGGACGGAAGACAUGGAAGACGGAGGCAGGCCACCGUAUUCCUGUGGCAACGGACAGCAGAGAGGUCAUCACCCCAGACCUUUCUUCUAUGUGCAGCCUCCCUCUCAACCUUACUACAUUCAUCAACACUGGCAGAUGAAUAACCCCUAUCACCACUAUGGCCUGCCUACAGGUGUCAAAUUAGAAGACCUUUGCAUUCGCUUUCAUUUCGGCCGUCCCUAUAUGACUCCUUACCAGUACAUGCCGUACCCGGGCUUCGUUGUCCCUCACUCCCCGUUGUAUCCCAUGGAUUCCCGACGCAUGUUUGAGCCUCGCUUCUACGCUCCCGCCUGGAACGACGUUCUGCGACCGCCACACCAUCAGCAGUCUCACACCCGGCGAGAGACGGUCAGCUGCGAGGUCCAGACCGACCCCAGCGACGGCAUCAGCAACCUGCUGGAUUCCCUGGACAAGAUCCAAGCCACCGAGAGGGAGCUGGACUCUGGAAUGGCGUCGCAGUCCUCCGGGAUGUCCUCGGUCGAGGAGAAGAAAGCUCAAGAGCAAGGCGAUGCUAACCUUGUGUCAGCGGUGCCGGAUGCGACUCGUUUAGAGUCUCCGACUGCGGCAUUCAGUGACUCCACCACCGCUGUGUAUGAUGCCGAAUCCAGCCACAGGAGCCUGGAUGCCUCGAGCCCUCAGGCAUGCUGGUCCGGAAGUUUGGAAGUGGAGCUGCCUCUCGACAGUUCUUCCCUUCACGAGGACGGUCCUGAUCCUGAGCAUCCAGCGUCGCUGGAGUUUUUCCUCGCUUGCGAUAAGUCACAAGUCACAGAUAUCCAGUCAGAUAUUCCGGUGGCUGAUCACAGUACUCCCAAAUGUGAUGCCGACGACACCGUCAAGCGAGCAGAUGCUGUCGGGCCCCCAUCGCCUUCUCUUUCGUCUGGGAAGCUGAAGGAUGAAAAGAGUGGCUGCAAAACUUUGAGCCAAGUCGAUACAGAUUACAAGAUCCUUCAGAUGCCUUUAGAAGGCGUUUUCACCUCAGAAGCGGGUUCACACGUCUCGCCCUUGGCUAGCCCGCCCUACUACUACCACCGCCACAGCCUCUCCAUGCAGAGCACCCACGAGCGCAUGAGCGUCCUAAGCCCGUCCCUGGAUGAGCUCUCCUCUCGGGAUGAAAUGUUUUCCACAGACCUAGAGGACGGGGAUCUCUUCCCAAGGCAGGCCUACACGGGCGGAAGGCUCGCAGAAGUUGCGGAGCACGUGUGGCUUCCCUCCCCCAAGAGGCUAAUGUGCGCCUGCUGCGGGAAAAAUCUGCCCAAAGGCAGCGGUCGAAGCAAAGGCCACGCCGUCAAGGCGUAUAGGGACGAGGCCGCCGACUCCGAGGAGGAUGUCAGGUACGCAAGAGUGCCACCCAGAAAGCAUUUCACCCCCAGGAAGCUUUUUUUGGGCCCCCAGAGGCAGCCUGCCAAGUUCUGGUACAAAAGGAGCCCCUACAAGGAGCCUGCGGACUCUCCGGACCCCGACCAGGGUUAUGACGGCAAGCCUGUGGAGAUGAGUGGCGGCGAGCUGCAGUGCGGAACCUGUGGGGACAGAUUCUGCAGAGAGGAGCACGGCGUACCCGAGCAAAGCAAGAGGGCCAACGGCGGUGGGGGUGGAGGAGGCGUUCCCAGAAGAUGGCAAGCGUCUCCUGUGCAGCGACAAGAAUCGAGCGCUCCAAGGAAGGCAAUGGCGCACCAAAGGCACCGAGAUGAUGAUGACGACAACGGCCGUAAUGACGACGACAAAGAACUGCCGUCCUCGCACCGGGACAGAGGCGCCUUAGCGAGAGAACCGAAAUGAUUUCUCAUGACUGACUUCUGUUGAACUGUCCCCCUUGAUGGUGUAAAUGUUGGUGGAUAUUAAAAAAAAUAAAAGCAUGAAAUGUUUCUAGGGCACCAGGUGUAAAUGCACUGCACAGAAAGCCUCUUUUUGUUGGCAAAAAAAAUAAUUUAAAAAAUACAUUGCAUGUUUCUGGAUAUCACAAAGAGGCAAGUGGGCUCAAAGGUUGUAUUGCAGUUGAUGAUGUCACAGUUUGGGGCCAGUCCAAUAAAAUGUUGUCAUAACCGA